AUGACGGUGGCGGCCAUUCCCGUCCAGCGCGCUUCCAGUACGCAUCUACCGCAGUGGCAGCGGUUCCAGCCGGAGCGUACGGCAUCGGAGCAUCCCACCGGUACGCAUCCCUACCAGCGACAGUAUGCACACGUCUACCACCAGCGCUUGGCUGUCCUCGGACCCCGCGUCUGGCAAGCGGUCCUUCGAGACAACCAGUGCGAGAACGACAACCACAACCACAGUAACAAUAACGACGAUGCCCACACGGUUCGGCACGUCCCACGGAUUCUCGAACUAGAAGAAGGCGUCUUAUCGAUUGCCGUUGGAACCAUUGUUAAGGAAUACGAAAACAGUGUCACCGGUAACGACAUCAACAGCGACGCUGUCGUUCCGGGCGCCGUCAACGGUGCCAAAGACGCUCUGGUCCUCGAAGACGAAAGUGGACGCGUGGUGCUCGCUACCGCACUAGUACACCAGUAUCCGACCGGAGUCGUCCUGGGGGUCCAAGGAACUGUCGGCACGGACGGAGUUUUGCAAGUCGAACGCUUCUACCAUCCCUGGACAUGUGCACCACCCGCCUUGCCUUUGUAUAUCGACCACACCAACAAUAUCAACAACAACAACAACGACCCUACCUAUAUCAUGCUCGUUUCGGGAUUGCACUGCGGCAGCCCCAAAGUCUCGUCGCUACCCCGCGACAUGCUCCUCUCCUACCUACAGGGUCGUUUCGGACACAAGGCCCGUCACGUCGCCCGCGUCAUUUUCGCCGGUGGUCUCACCUCCACCGACGCCACCGCCGUACAGGAACUCGACGGAUUCCUACUCGCCCUCGCCGCAUCGGGUGUCCCUAUUGACGUCCUACCCGGUGAACACGACCCGACCACCGCCAAUUGGCCCCAACGGAGUCUGCACCGGGCCUUGCUCCCACACACCACCACCCGCUACGGAACACUCGUCGCGCGAACCCCCAACCCCUACGCCGCUCGACACGAUCACGUCGUUUGCCUCGGAACGGACGGACGCAACGUGCGGGACUUGUGUACCCGCGUGGGAGUUCCCGUCGAUGACCACGACUCGCCCGGAGCGUGGCGGCCCGUGACGGAACUCCAAGCGCUCGAACGUACCCUCGCCUGGGGACACGUCUGUCCCACCGGUCCGGACUCGGUUCCCACCGUCCCCCACGCUCUGCAAGAUCCCAUGGUCAUUGAACCCCACUUACCGCAUCUCUACUUUGCCGGUAACGCCAAAAAGUUCGCCACCCAACGUGUUGUUGCCGCGCACGCGGAUACUGCUACUGCUGUGGACACCGACGAUCGUGUCGCGUUCACCCGACUCGUCUGUGUUCCCCAGUUUAGUGAAACCGGACAGGCGGUACUCGUGAAUCUGCAAACCCUGGACGUGGAAGUCGUGCGUUUUCAGGAUGAAGAAUAG